AUGGACUUGCUGCAGGACUCCAGUCGCACCAUGUGGGGUCUGAACGCCCGCUUGAAUGGCUUCCUGGAGCAGGUGAACAGGCUGCAGGAGGCCAACCAGCAGCUGGAGGCUCAGAUUGCUGGCUGGGGCGUCAGGAGCACGUCACGCUCUCGGGACUGGACCCAGCAGGAACAGACUGUCAAGGAGCUCCGUGCCCAGGUUGGUAACCUACUGAUGGAAAAUGCCCAGCUGGCAUUACAGUCUGACAGCAUGAAGUCCAGAGCAGCUGUUAUCCAGGCCAGGUGUGAGACGGAGGACAGUAACACCAGGCGUCUGGAGCAACAGGUGGCUCUGCUCAGGGAGUCAAAGAGGAGGGCAGAUCAGAGCAGCAUGACACUGCAGGCAGACCUUCGCCACUCCAUGACAGAUCUGCAGGAGAUGCACCGGGAGUUUGAGGCAGCCCAGGCUCUGCAGCUGCAGCGGGCCGGCUCCUGCGAUGUUCUGUUAGCGACGGCCACAGCAGCAGCAGCAGCAGCAGGAGGGCAGGAGGAGGAUGGCACAGGAAUGGAGCUCACCCAGCUCCUCAACCGAAUCAGAGCGCAGUGUGACCAGGGCAGACUUCCCGGCCUGGGUGCCGAGUCAAAUCCCCUCCCUGGCUUGGUUGCGCCCAGCCGCUCUGGAGCAGCAGCAGCAUCCAGAACAAAUGGAGGAGUUCUCAUUGAGGAAGAGGCAGCGUGGGCGCAGGUGAGCCUCGGCGGCGCCGCCCUGAGGGAGGCCCGGGCCGAGCUAGUUGAGGCCAGGAGGCAGUGGCACUCCCUGCAGGUGGAGAUUGAGACCCUACAUGCCUUGGAGAAAGGCCUGGAGAGCUCCCUGCAGAACACCCAGCGGCUGUACUCAAGCCAGCUGCAGGACCUCUCCCAGGUGAUCUCUGGGCUGGAGAGCGAGCUGGAGCAGGUGAGGUGUGGCCUGGCAACCCAGCGCCAGCGCCACAGCCAGCUGCUCAACACCAAGAUGAGGCUAGAGCGAGAGAUCGCCACCUACCGACGUCUGCUGGAGCGUGAAGAGGGCAGGUACAUGGGCAGCAAUGAGCAGCCAAUGGCUGUGCGGCCUUGGAGGUAUUCCAUGGAGGAGCCGAAGGAGAACGGCCUCGAGAACAGCUUCAGUGAUCCUGCUCUUACUCCGGAUGAACCCAAGUCUGAGCCCCUGCCUGAAAUACCUUCACUCCUCCCAUCAGACAGUGGGCUAAAGAAAAGCCGACUGCAUAGACAGCAAAGCCUUGUGAUUCUUACAGAGCCAGAUGAAGAUACAGACAUACCAAUCUCCACUGUGAAGACUCAGGAGAUUCAGGGCAAUGUGCUGCGGGAGAGUGCCGAGGGUCACGGCACCAUCGAGACAGAGAAGAUUGACAAGGUGAUAAAGCAGUGGGAGGGCUCUUUCUUCAGAGGGAAUCCCAAGCUGCGGAAGAAGUCGGUGUCGCUGCGCUUCGACCUGCACAUGGCUGCAGCAGACGAGGGCUGUGCCCAGACUAAACAGGACAGCCUCCCCGACGUGGAGGUGUGUCUGAUCAUGAAGAGAUCUCGCAGCAUCCCAACGAUCACACAGUGACUCGCACUGGUUCGCCAGAGUCAACAGAGUACCACUGGUGAACAACAGCCGUGACCACUGGGAUAUUACCACCCAUUGCCAUCAUGCUUAAUAUGUAUUUCAAAUUACAACAUUCAGUGAACUUUGCAUCACAGCUGAGGAUUGAAACUGAGAGUUCUCUCAUCAAAUCUUGACUUUGGCAGGAUAAGCAUCAUGCACCGGGCUCUUGUGCUGAUCUAAUGGGGCCAUUUGUAUAGUGUCAGAAAGCCACAUCAAAUAUAUCAGACCGACAUUCAUUACCUUACAGAGGAUAACAAUUUAAUAUACAAACAUAUUUCUUCAUCAUCAUUCUAGAUGGAGAAAAAGUGUCUCUCAAUAUUGUCACUGUUUCAGUAUAUGAUAUGAGUAUAUGUAUACUGUACAAAAGAGAUUAUAUCACCAUAUGACUGGUCAACUACAACAUUUAAUUAUAUUUCACUCUUGCUACAGACAUGUGGAGUCACAGAUAACUAUGAGCUGCUGUGAACUAAAGGGGGAUUUAUUAUUUAUUUUUUCUUUAACGGACUGAAAUUUAUUAGGGGAAGGGGUGCAGAAAAGGGGAGGAUAAUGUUUUAUAUUUUAAUAAUGAAUAUUAGCACUUAAUUUCGCUUUUCGCUUAAAAUCGCUUUAUUCUACAUAUCCAGGUAAAUAUACAUAUAUAUAUAUAUAUAUAUAUAUAUAUUAUUAUUAUUAUUAUUAUUAUUAUAUAUGUGGUAAAUGUGCCAUAUAAACUGGCAGUGACAGAUUUUGGUUGAAAAAUAAAGAAUGGCUUGAAUAUUCAAUAAACAUAACACAUUAUUGUGUUAUGUUUAUCGUAUGUUUGCACACAAUCUCUAAUUGUUUCUGCACUUUUAGCUAUAAAUGGCUAAAUUAAUUGUAACAAUUCAGUAGAGCUAUAUUACUUCAAGCUUGUGUGGGGAGGGUGUUGCAAUUUGUCUCUUAGUCAAGGGGAGGGUCCAAUAAAAAUAUGAAUAAUGCUGAAGAAGGCCAUUCUUUUUAGUGAAGUAAAAAUGUUCAGCCCCCCUUCCCACCAUAAUAGUUUCCCUACUGUCCCUGAAUGCUUGCACUGCAGACACACACAGCACUUAGAGGAGCGUCAGAACUGAGACAGAUCCUGUGAUACUUUGAGGGUCUUUUGUCAUUGCAGUUCAUUCUCUUUGUGGAGAAAUAUUAGCUACAUUUUACAAUGCAUUGUCAUAAAUAAUAACACUGCUCACUGUGAUCCUAACAGCAGUGAGCACUCGACGUGUCUCAGAGAAUUUAAGUUCCCUGUCUUAACCAGAGGAGGGCAGUAUUUGUAAAUAGUUAACGCUGCAGUGUAUCUUCAAUGCUUCACUCGGGUUGUGUAACACAAGCUAUCUGUUACAUUAAGAGUUGUUAUGCUGAAUUUUGAGUUGGCACCAAAGAUAUUAAAAAUAAGAAAAGGACCAUUGUGAAUUGCAUUUAUGUGCCUCAGAAUAUAUUGAGAAUAUUUAAAGAUAUUAUCUAUGCAGUUGUGUGCUUGAUUUUGCUUUGCUUCACGAAGCACACUUCAGAAUGAAGGAUAAUGCUUUUAUCUAACAAUUUAUCAUUUCAAAUAAAUUAAACAAUGAAUGUGA